AUGGGCAUGAAGAUAAAGAUAACCAAGUCAGCCAGGUCACCGAGGCAUCGAUGUUGGCAUAACGAGAUGCUCUGCGGCCUAGUUGUUGGAUCGCGGCUCUUUCUUGGCCUUAGGGCUUUGCUCAAUUCUAGCCAUGCUUGUUGCUUGGGACGUGGAGGUUCCAAGGUGCACGAGAAGAUAAUUGUGGCUAAUCUACACCGUUUUACAUAUGAAGCUCACUUCCAGAAGUGGCAUGCCACCUAUGCUUCUGCCAUAUUUGAUGACAUGCAUGUCAAGCUGGCUGCGUCUUCGACUGAAGAUGCGCCUUGUAUGGAUCCGACCAAUGAUGUGCCUUGUGUGGAUCCAAACAACAAGAACUUGAAGCCCAAGGAGAAGUAG